CCCUACACUUUGCCACCCCCCUCAUAAUGCAACCCUUAUCUUUAUUCUGUUUAAAACCCCUCCCUCCAGAUCCCAUUUCUUCAUGUUAAGAGAAAAAACACAACUCACAUACAUUCAGACACACACUCACACUGACAAACACACAAUAAUGUCCAGCCAUAAUGGGAUGCAUCACAACAACGUUGUUGAAGACCAUGAGGCUCUCAUGUACCAAAACUACCCGUGUGCAUACUACGUCCAAAGCCCCUCCACUCUCUCCCACGCCAACAGCGCAGAUAUUCGCAGCAACAUCCAAAACGACGCCGAAUCCACCUUCCACUCCCCGAACCGAUCCGAAACAACCCACCCGCUAAACCCGACCCACGAAGAGGACGAAGCCUCGCGCUUCGCCCUCUGCCGCUACACCUCCUCCCGUGGCUCCAGCCACUCCUUCUUGCACCACAAGAAGAUCUCCUACGACGGGAGUCACGCCACCGCCACCGAGAACGGAGACGUUAAUCGUCUCGUUAUCAUCGAUGGCGGUGGUGACGACAAGGGAGAUGAGAAUGAGAAUGUGGAGGAAGGGUCGUUUUAUGAGUACUAUUAUGGGAAGAGAAAAGGAGGGUGGAAGAGGUUCUUCUCUUACCGCAACUCUGAUUCUUGUGCUUGGAUUUGGUUGCAAAUGGGUUGGAGAAUUUUGGUGAGCUUCGGAAUUGCGCUGCUUGUGUUCUACAUUGCUACAAAACCUCCACCACCCAAUGUCUCCGUUGAGAUCGCAAGGUUUCCAGAAUUUAAACUAGCGGAAGGGAUUGACAGAAGUGGCGUGACAACAAAGAUCCUGACCUGCAAUUGUUCCUUGAAUUUAAUCAUAGAGAAUAAAUCCAGGUUCUUUGGUCUUCACAUUCGUCCUCCCACGAUGGACAUGAAAUUUUCCAACUUACCCUUUGCAUUUUCAAAUGCCCCCGAGCUCUAUGCUGAGAGUGGCAUAACAAUCUUUGCAUUACAAUUGGGAGCAAAGAACAAGCCCAUGUAUGGUGCAGGAAGAAGCAUGCAAGAUAUGCUAGAUUCUGGAACAGGAUUGCCUCUAGUAAUACGUGUAAUCUUGAGCUCUAGUUUCAAAGUGGUUCCUAGCCUCAUAAAGCCCAGGUUCCAUCACCAUGCUGAAUGUUUGGUGUUUCUCAAGAAGGCUUACGACAAAAAACAUCGAACCCUAGCAUUUGAUAGCACCUGUAAAGUAACAUCUUGAUUAAACUGCGUGUGGCUUCGAAAUUCUAUAAAUUAAUUGAUAUGGUAUAGCCACGGGUCCGAAAGAGAUAUACAAAGCGAAGCUUAAUUAAUAAGAACCUUAAAUUGUAUGAUAUGGUCCAUAAGAAAAGUUUGAGGUGCUUGCAUUUAUGUGCUAUAUAUAUAACCCCUUGAUUUGCUUUUUAUUUUAAAGAAAUGGAUGAAAGCAGAUUUUUCCUAGAGAGGACCUUGUACAAUGUUAAUGCAUGUCGAUCAUCAAGUUCGUGUGAUUAAUAAAUAUUUGAUAUAUUCCAUUAA